AUGCGCUUUGAUGACAACCGUUGGACCAGAGCCGUGAGCGACUGGGUUCCCCGCGAUAUUAAGCGCACUACAGGAAGACCGCCGACCCGAUGGUCAGAUUUCUUCACGAAGUCCUUGAAAGAAAAAUAUGAUGCUCUUCGUGUCCCACGCGAAAGGAGGAACCACUGGGCUACUCUGGCACGCGAUCGGGACAAAUGGAAGAAUUACUGGCGCCCGCUCGACCAGUUCGAAGAUCAACGGGAGUCAAGGUGA